AUGGCUGUCACCAAGCCUCUCCUCUUCUCGCCGAUCAAGAUUGGCUCGACGGCACUCAAGCAUCGCGUCGUCAUGGCCCCACUGACGCGUUUCCGAGCCGACCCCAAGACAUUUGUCCCCUCGGAGAUUGCGAUCGAUUACUACGAUCAGCGUACUUCCGAUGGUGGCCUGCUCAUCUCGGAGGCGACCUUCAUCGCCGAGGAGGCCGGCGGCAUGAACGGCGUCCCCGGUAUCUGGUCUCCCGAGCAAGUGACCGGAUGGAAGAAGAUCACGAGCGCAGUGCACGCCAAGGGUGGCCGCAUCUUCCUGCAGCUUUGGGCUCUCGGUCGCGUUGCCAACCCCAAGAUUGUCCAGCCCGUCUGGGGCACCACUUCCAAGCCCUACCUCGUUGGCAGUUUGGCUCAGCCCUCCGCUCAGAACUCGACCCCACUUACUCCCAUGACCGCGGCCGACAUUGAGCGCUUCGUGGGCCACUACCGCCGCGCUGCUGUUAAUGCCAUCGAAGCGGGCUUUGACGGCGUGGAGAUCCACGGCGCUAACGGAUACUUCAUCCAGAGCGUCUCGAACGAGCGCACUGACGAGUACGGCGGCUCACUCGAGAACCGCUUCCGCUUCCCUAUCCGCGUCGUCAACGAGGUUUGCGCCGCCAUCGGUGCCGACAAGGUCGCCAUCCGCAUGUCGCCGUUCAACAACUACCAGGGCAUGCGUGAGCCCGACCCGCUGGCCACGUUUAUUCCGUGGGCCAAGACCCUCGUUGCUGCCCAGCCCCACCUGGCCUACAUCCACGCCGUGGAGGCCCGUGGCGCCGGCGUCUCGGGCUCUGAUGCGGCCUCGGACAAGGCGAGCCCGGAUGAUAAGCUUGACGAUAUCCGCCACAUUGUGCAGGGUGCGGGGAUCCCCUUUGUGGUUUGUGGAGGUUACACCCCGGAGACAGCCGUGGCGGAGGCUGAGAAGAAUGGCGACAUUGUGGCCUUUGGCCGCCAGUUCAUCUCCAACCCCGAUCUCCCGGCCCGCAUCGAGAACGGCUGGCAGCUGAGCAAGUACGACCGCCCGACGUUCUAUGCUGGCGGUGCGAAGGGUUACAUUGACUAUCCUUUGUACGCUUCCCGUCUCUAA